AUGUUUCAGGCAAGACGACUGCAUCGUUCCAACCACUGGUACUUAUUCCCGGGAACUAUACGGAUGAUGUGUUCCGACAUUUGGGAUACUGCCUUCCUCCUCAUUAUGACCUAUCUGGUUACACGAAUCCCAGCUCUACAUCCUUUGGUGUCUCAUGCUCGCCGACUGCAAACUCAGCCUCAGUUCAAGACCACGGCGUCUUCAUCUACUGCAUCCAUUGUUGAAGCAUCUUCUACCGUCACUGAAAACGGAAGCACUCUCAUUGCCUCAUCAGCGGCAUCAUUCAAUCCAGCUUCUACUCCUGCUCUAGCGCCACGACCAGUCUGCGGCAUCCGCCGCAUAUUCUCAGCUAGUUUCCCCUACGUCGGCCUCCGUCGCUCAGGGCUCUUCGGUAGCUCCACCCACUGCUUUAUCUUCGGCAGUAUCUAUCACGAUUACAUCCAUGUCGGCUGCAGCCACGUCUUCAUCCACGUCCGGAAUAAUAGACCGCCAACAUUUGUUAUGACAGUAGACUGGCGCACUCGUGUAGCAAGUCGCCAAGCACCGAUGCUACGGGCGGCAAUGACGACAUACCUGACUAAAUCGGAGAUUGAUUAUAACAUGAUGCCAUGGACAUUGUUACAUGCUCGACGCCUUCUCAAAACAGACGCAGGGUAUGAGGAGUAUCAGGGUGCAUCAGGAUUGGAUGCUUUUUAG